AUGCUGGGAAAGAGCUCGCCUUUCAAGAAAUUCUCUCACCACCGUGGGAACUCCACAGAAGAGUCACAUUCAAACACCUUCCAUCGCAAGACAGCUUCCGCUGGGAGCCAGAAUCCGCCGGUAGCAGGUCAUACCAGGAACACAUCACGGUCUUCUAACACAUCUGUAAGCUCCAAUUUUCUCGCAGAACAGUAUGAGCGGGAUAGGCGAGCGAUACUAAGCAGCUGUUUUGAGCAAGAGACUUUAACAGCUCCGUCGGCAGCGUCCAGUCCAGCCAAGACGUACGUGACACACGUUAGGAUCAUAGAAGAUACCCGAUAUCCUAGCGCCAGACCCCCUUUGAACUCUCCUCUUUCAAACAAGAAAAAAAGGGUCCUGGUGGUGAGUUCUCUGACUAAUGGGGGAGGAAUGCAUAUCCAUAAGGCCCGUGAAAACAACAAUGGGUCUUUCCAGAUCGGACGCACCUGGGCUCUCAAAGAACUUGAGUGUAUAGAACGCGACACCGAACAGCAUGAAGGGUUCUUGCUCACCAUGGGCAAACGAUACUACUGGGAAACUAACACUGCCAAAGAACGGACGGUUUUCAUCAAAAGUUUGGUUAAAAUUUAUAUGGAAGACUCAGGCGGCCACGUACCGAGGCUGGUAAAUUGGGAUCUGGGGCUCUUUUACCUUGAUGACAAUAGUUACCGAAGAGCUCUAAUUUCAACUAGUAACCAACAUACGGCCAGAGACUCUAGCUCAUUGAAUUCGAAUUCACAAGCUCUUCCAAGACAGGCUACGGAUCAAAAUGGUACAAGUCAACCACUCCAUGCUCCCCAGGCUCCCGUCAAGCUUCCGGCACUUGCACAACAAUCUAUGCUUUCUUCCGGGUUACAGGCCCCCAGUGGACCACUCUUGGGCGGUGAGGAGCCUCAAAUGAAAACGACAAGGACUCCCAAAACUCGAAGUAAUCAGAACUUCAAACCUUCUUCACCUAGCCAAGACCCGCGUUCUACGGCAUCAACUACUAAUAAGGCAGAAACCCCGCCUCAAAGUUUGACGCUAUCGACAACUUCAUCUAGAAGCGUCAAUGACUCGAAAAGCUCGCACUCAAAGCUUUCAAAAGCAACUUAUCAGCAUAUCAAACCUAGCGACCAUACUUCGAAAGAAAGAGGUUCGCCUUUAUCCUUAAAGCAAGAAACUGAAAUCAGUUUUAAUACCACAACAGCGCCUAAUGUAGAGGACGAUAAAAGUUUAACUCGAGAAUCGACGAACUUCUUGUCCGAAUUGAAUUCUGUCUUGACAGAACCGGUCGAAAUACCAAGUUUCCCGCAACUAAUUGGUGCCAAUGUGCGAGACGAUUUGGAUGCAGAAUCUUUAACUUGCAGCAGCAGUGGUGACCUCGACAAGAAAGAGAGUGAAAUCACUGAUUUAUAUCAAUCUGCUUCUUCGCAUGAGGCUGAUGAUUUGUUGCACGAUCUGAAUGAGAAUCCUAAUGAACUUUCCUUCGAAAGAGGGGAUGAAGUGCGUUACAGUCAAAUAAUUGAAGAUACGAAUGAAAACGAAAGUGAUGAACCCUCCCACCCGUAUCAUGAUGUUUCUACGAUCAGAGAGGAACCGCAAGGCAUACAUGUGAACGAUGCUCACAAAGUAGACUUUUCAGACGGUCAAAAAGUUUUAACUGAGAUAAAUAAUCAAGCGCUGAUGGACACACUUGACAGCGUUAACUGGUCAGUAGAUGAUGAUUCUACAGAAUUAAUGUACAAGCUGUCUAGCAAGUUGGCAGAAACCGAGUAUAAGUUGAACAAAGAACUUGUAGCUCUUCCCGACAAUAGCGAUGAAUUUUCCUCAUACGGGCAAAAAGUGAUCAGCGAGUGUGAGAAGCUGGAUCCCACCUUGUCAUUCUUUGCUAUGGAAUUAUCAACAGUUUCCAGAGACAUUGAGUACGUGGAAAAUCAAUCAAAUGGUCUGCAAGUAGAAAGCGCCAACAAAAAGAUGCUGUGGAAAGAACUCUCUGAAAUUUUGAGCUCCGUUUCAGUAGAUGAAAAGACCUUAAACGAUUUGCUAACUCUACCCUUGAGUGAAAGAAACCUUGGACAAGUGGAAAAGUUGUUAACAUCUCUGUAUACCGCUUUGAAAGCCAUUAGGGGUGACGAAGAAGAGGAAGAACUUAAUUUAGGGGUUAUGAGGGCUCUUAGAGAAAGGAGACAAGCUUACGACAAAGUCACAGGGCUUUUCAUGAAACGCGUAGUUGACGAGCUUAAUAAGAAAUUUACAAGUCUUCAACACGAAAGAGUUCCUGAUGAGCAGCUGGCUAAUGCACUCGCAAGGCUUUUGAUGUUUUCUUCGCUAGUGCUUUUCAGCAAAGGCAUUUCCCUUGAGACUUACUUUGAUAUCGUAGACAAGGCCGUCCAAGAGACAGAAGUUCUUCUUCGGAGAAGAACUGCGCCGCUUCUCAGCAAUUUGGCGUCUCAUAUGCUGUCCGAGAAGACCGGUUUAUCUGCAUCCGAAUUUCCUGACCAAGAGAAGCAACUCGCCCGGUGGGAAGAAACUAGAACCAGAAAACAAUUUAUCCCACUAGAACCAAGAAAUUUUUCUACCUUACAGGAUCUGACGUCGUCGUUGCAAAUCCUGGAAGCUUUGGUAGUGACGUAUCAGAAUUUUUUUGGGGUUUUUUUUCACAUUGGUGACAAUCUCGAUUUUGAGAAGUUCAUCUCUGCGUAUCCUGAGCCCAACUCACGCAUCACAAAACUCAAAACAAUUUCUCUGAUGGAUUCAGAUCGAGAAUCUGCUUCUUUGAAGAUGCAAUUGAUGACCAGAAUUUUUCAGCCUAUUUUCAAUGAGUUCUUCGAUGAAGUUUUUGUCCUUGCCAAGGACCAAGCUUCUUUGAUUCCGGUCGUUCUUUUAUACCUAGAAAGCGGUAUUGCACGCUAUAGCUCAUCGGAUCAGGAGUAUUUGAUAUCAACGUUUGAGAAGUUUUUCAGUAGAUUUUCGCAGGAGUGGCAAGAGUAUGUCAAUGUUCAAAGCCAAGCUAUUGAGAGAGCAUCCAUUGACGUAGAUGCAAAAUCAGUUUCAGCUUAUGUGACCGGAUUCUUGACCUUUGUCGCGCAGAUUGAAGAUGAGAUCAAUUUUGUACACGAAAUGCUGAAAAUGACCAUCGAAAACUGCGUUGAAUCACGCGAAGUGAUGGACCAAUCUUAUGAUGAUCUAGGACAAUCCCUACUCAUAUUAAUUCAGAAGAGUUCACAAAGCCCUGUCUCGAAUACCAUGAUUUCACCGGCAAAGUCCUCAAACAGUAGGUCGGAAUCUGUAUCUUUACUGAUCAACUGCAAUUGGAUGAUAGAAAUUUUACCGCUUCUUGGCAACGAAAUGCUAUUUAUCGAUUGCUUGCAGAGCUCAAAAAGUCUUUUUAACGUGGAAAAGGAGCGCUACGCCGAGUCUCUUCUUCGAGCAUCCAUGAACCACCUGUACAGCUUUGUCGAUGGCGCCCAUACGCUCACAGAAGCAUCAAAAACCCGCAUUGUGAACCCAUCUCAAUGGGCCGUUUACAGUCAGCAGAAUCUAAACAAGAUUCUAGACAGAUACACCCCGCAGGAGAUUGUAGUUGCAAUAGACAACCUUUACAACUAUGUAAAACAAGACAUUCUGGGAGAAAAGGAAGGUAUCAUCAACACUAUUCUAUUCGACAAGUUGUGGUCAUGCAUACAGGGGCAAACAGUUUCACUUUAUUUGAAGUUGUAUACCUUGAUCGAAAGACAUUACAAGGGCACGUCUGUCAAGUUUACCAAGAACGAGAUUAUUUCUGCUUUCAACGCUCAUAAAAAAACAAAUUGA